AUGGUUGGGGAUAUGAUGAGGGAGUUCCAGGAUCAACAAGCGGACCACUUAGAAGAAAUGAACCGCACCUUCCAACUACAACAAAGGGAGUUUGUGGACUACUUGACGGGCCGGUAUGAGGCCGACGAGAGGGCUCGGGUAGCAGCCUAUGUUCCAUCCCCUCCGCCCCCUACACCAGAAGUGGCGGCUCAACCGGCUCUAGUGCAAGCUGACCUCAUCAAGGUCACGGAGAGAUUCCAAAAGAUGAGGCCUAUGGAGUUUAAUGUCCUUAACAAGGAACCACUACACCUGGCUGUGUGGAUUUGGGAAAUGGAGAAGACCUUCACCAUGGUUGGAUGCACGGAGGUGUUUAAGGAAGCAUUCUUUGAGAAUUACUUUCCAGAGAGCUUUCAAGAGAGAAAGGCAACGGAGUUUACCAAAGUUUCACAAGGGGCCAAGUCAGUUCUCGAAUACCAACAGAAAUUCGAGGAACUAUUUCACUUUACACCCCCUCACCUAAAGACAGAUAUUGAGAAGGGAAAGAGGUUCAAGAAGGGCCUGAGGCCGGGGAUUAGCUCGAUUCUGUCAUCCCAUGGGCCCCAAAACUAUGCCAAGAUGGUUCAAGUAGCCAAGACUAUUGAAGACAGGCAAAGGGGUUCAUACUAUGCUCAGUCCGAACAGGCCAAGAGGGUGGCCACAACAUCAUUCAGCCAUGACCAAGAAAGUUCCCUCGGGCACAGUAUACGAGUUAUAACCCCAUCCCCUUCAGGUGUACAGAAGCAAUACAGCCCGCACAACCUACUCAAUCGGCAACUUCAUCCUUACCUACUAGUGGUCCAGUGCGAUGCUAAAACUGUAACAAGCAUGGACACAUCUCCAAGGUACCGUUUCUAUUGCUUCCAUCCUCGCGUACAUACUUUUGACUCGGAGGCAUCGCACUCUUUCGUGUCCUCUUCCUUCUCCAAGAAGUUGGGAAUCAGCCAGAAGAAUCUAGCGCAAGGAUUGGCUGUUUGCACGCCUACGGGGGGCAUGGUGGGCCUAAACACAAUCUAUGAGCCUUGCCCUGUACAGAUCUGUGGUCAGGAUAUGGUUGCACAUCUGAUGGAGUUAGACAUGAAAGUUUUCAACGCGAUCCUGGCUUUGGUGUUCCAAGGGGACAGGAAGAAGCGAUCCAAGAAGCUUGUGAUAUCGGCCCUCCAAGCCAAGAAGCUUAUGGAUCAAGGAUGUGAAUGCUACCUGGCCUCGAUAAUUGACACGGAAGCCAAAGUGAAGCCACUAGAAGAGCUGGAAGUGGUGAGAGAAUUUUCAGACGUGUUCCCUGAUGACUUGACCGAGUUACCCCCUGACAGGGAGACUGAGUUUGCCAUUGAUUUACUACCCGGGGCGGCCCCAGUGUCUAAAGUCCCAUAUAGAAUGGCCCCAACCGAAUUGAGGGAGUUACAAGCACAGUUACAGGAUUUACUGAAGAAGGGUUUCAUCCUUCCUAGCAUGUCUCCAUGGGGUGCACCGGUCCUCUUUGUUAAGAAGAAGGAUGGGAGCAUGAGGAUGUGCAUCGACUAUAAGGAGCUCAAUAAGCUCACUAUCAAGAACAAGUAUCCUCUACUGAGGAUCGAUGAUUUGUUUGACCAGCUACAGGGGGCCAGGGUGCUUUUCAAGAUAGACUUGAGGUUUGGAUAUCACCAACUGAGGAUUAGAGAGUGA